AUCUAUUAAAAUAGAAAUAUAAUUUAUCAUAAUUUAAUAGCAGACUGCUAAUUUCAAUAUGUAUGAUUUCAAAAUUAACCGGCAUAACGGUUACAUUCAGCACGCUUGCGUGAGAGCGCUGGCAGCGCGCGCAGAUGGCGCUUGUUAUCUAUGUACGCAUGCGCGAAACAAAUUUCGCACGGCGCACAAAGAAAAUAGUCCGCGCUCGCAGAGACACGACGAUCACUUCGAGAAACGUGACACUCGUGACAGUAGUUUUACAACAUUUGUGAAAUUUACGGCGGGGUCUAAAGGAAGUAACCGAUCGGUACAAAUCGUACGUCGAGCAUAUUAAUGGUCAAGAAAUACGUGUAUACGUAGGCGCGAGAAUAUCAAAAGGAGUUGAUAUUACUACGCCGCACGUUGUGGAAGGAAGCAGAAAUCGAGUACUAGCAGGAAGUGGGUAGAAGGGGGUACGUCGUUGAGCUAGUUGAUUCGGUGGUGGCUACAUGUGGCUGUCCGCCGGUCGCGACAACGAGACAUUUCCUAUUGAGGCAUAAAAAGUUACAUUUUCCAACGGAAAUCGAUAGUUGAAAGAAGCCGUAAUCAUGCAAAUGGAUCCAACGACGGUGCAACUUAUCCAGGUUCUAGAGAGAACAGUCUCAUCAGACAAAAAUGAAUUGGAAGCAGCUCAGAAUUUUCUGGAGCAAGCGGCAAGGACUAAUCUCCAUGAAUUUUUGCAAAGACUUAGCAGCGUACUUGUUACUGCUGCUGCAAGCCCUGUUGCUCGUAUGGCAGCAGGUCUUCAGCUUAAAAAUCAACUUACAUCCAAAGAUCCAGACCUAAAAUAUCAAUAUCAACAACGUUGGCUUGCGAUUCCUGUAGAAACAAGAGAAUAUAUUAAGAAAAAUAUUUUUGGGGCACUUGGAACAGAGAACAAUAGGCCAGGUUCUGCACCACAGUGUGUUGCAUACGUAGCUGUUGCUGAAUUACCUGUUCGUGAAUGGACCAAUGUUAUUCAGCUGUUAGUUAAUAAUGUUGUAAAUCCAAACAGUACAGAAAUGUUAAAGGAAGCAACUCUAGAAGCCAUUGGUUAUAUUUGUCAAGAUAUAGAAAGCGACGUUUUGGUACCUCAGUCUAAUGAAAUUCUCACAGCUAUUAUUCAUGGUAUGAAAGGAUCUAGUACUUCGCAUUAUGUUCGUCUUGCAGCUACAAGUGCACUCUACAAUUCAUUAGAAUUUACCAAAGGAAAUUUUGAGAUAGAGACAGAACGAAACUUCAUUAUGGAAGUGGUAUGCGAGGCGACGCAAUCUUUAAACACACAAGUUAAAGUAGCAGCAUUACAGUGUCUUGUGAAGAUUAUGUCGUUAUAUUAUCAAUAUAUGGAACCUUAUAUGGCUCCGGCACUUUUUCCGAUUACUUUAGAAGCUAUGAAAUCAGAUAUUGAUGAAGUUGCACUGCAAGGAAUUGAGUUUUGGUCAAAUGUAUCUGAUGAAGAAGUAGAUUUAGCCAUGGAAGAAGGUGAAGCCUCCGAUGGUGGUCGACCGCCGGUCAAAGUAUCGAGGCAUUAUGCAAAGGGUGCUUUGCAAUACUUGGUACCUGUUCUGAUGAAGAAACUCACUAAACAAGAAGAAUUCGAUGACGAAGACGAUUGGAAUCCUUCAAAAGCAGCUGGAGUAUGUUUGAUGUUAUUAUCAUCUUGUUGCGAAGAUGCCAUUGUUCCAUUCGUUUUGCCGUUCAUCAAAGACAGUAUCAAAAGUCCAGAUUGGAGGUACAGAGAUGCUGCUUUGAUGGCUUUUGGUUCGAUUCUCGGUGGCGUCGAUCAUGCCACCUUGAAACCUUUGGUAGAGCAAGCAAUGCCAACACUUAUCGAACUAAUGUACGAUAGCAGUGUCGCGGUAAGGGAUACAGCUGCAUGGACGUUUGGUCGAAUUUGUGAGAUCAUACCAGAAGCGGCGAUUAGUGAGACAUACCUGAAACCAUUGUUAGAAGCUUUGAUAAAUGGUUUGAAGGCAGAACCUCGUGUUGCAGCAAACGUUUGUUGGGCAUUUACGGGUCUUGCAGAGGCUAGUUACGAGGCCGCUGAAAGUUUAGAAGGGCAAAAUCCAGAAACUUAUUGCAUGUCUCAAUACUUUGAUUUUAUUAUUCAGAGAUUAUUGGAAACAACAGAUCGUCCGGAUGGAGCUCAAGCUAACUUAAGGUCAGCUGCAUACGAAGCACUAAUGGAUAUGGUAAAAAACUCUCCGCGCGAUUGUUAUAUAACCGUGCAGAAGACGACGAUGGUAAUUUUGGAAAGAUUGCAGCAGGUACUGCAAAUGGAGACACAUAUCCAGAGCCAUUCGGAUCGUGCUCAAUACAACGAUUUACAAUCGUUGUUAUGUGCAACUUUACAAUCCGUACUGCGUAAAGUUACACCAGAAGAUGCUCCUCAUAUCUCUGAUGUAAUAAUGACAGCGUUAUUAUCCAUGUUCAAUUCGAAUUCUUGCAAAGCCGAGGGUGUGCAGGAAGAUGCUCUCAUGGCUGUAUCGACUCUGGUCGAAGUGCUAGGAGAACGUUUCUUAAAGUACAUGGAUGCGUUCAAACCCUAUCUUUGCCUUGGUUUAAAAAAUUAUGCAGAAUAUCAAGUUUGUUGCGCUGCGGUAGGUUUGACUGGUGAUAUCUGCCGCGCCUUGAAGAGCAAGAUGUUACCUUACUGCGACGAGAUUAUGACCCUGUUGCUAGAAAAUCUUAGCAAUGAUUCGGUUAAUCGUUCUGUGAAACCUCAAAUCUUUUCUGUUUUCGGUGAUGUUGCUCUUAGUAUUGGUCCAGAAUUCAAGAAAUACUUGGAUGUAGUACUUCAAACGUUGGCUCAGGCUUCCCAGGCGAACGUGGAUAGAAGCGAUUAUGAUAUGAUCGAUUAUUUAAAUGAAUUACGCGAAGGUGUUCUUGAGGCUUACACUGGUAUAGUGCAAGGACUACGUGGUGACGAAACAAAUCCUUGUUCAGACGCUGCGAUUGCUUUGGUGGAGCCGCAUGUACCCUUUAUCAUUCAGUUUAUUACAUCAAUAGCUCAAGAUCGUGAACAUUCCGAAGGCAACAUUUCAGCCUCGGUGGGAUUGCUUGGUGAUUUGGUCACUGUUUUCGGAGUAAAACUUUUGCCAAUGGUUGAGACUGAACCGCUUACAGAGCUCUUAACUAAAGCUAGACGAUCACGCAUUGAUAAGACCAAAACUCUGGCCAACUGGGCAACUAAAGAGAUUCGAAAGCUCAAGAAUGUUGCUAAUUCCACAUCUAGUUGAUCACCCCACGGUUGUACUGUCGUGCAAUUUGAUUUGACUAGAGAGCUAUCGAACACAAUACAAAGACAACAAGAUUGGAUGGUGCGGAUGCGAGUUGAUGGAUGUGCGUGAGUUUCGAAGCGAUGACGAUGAUGGGGUGAUGAAUCUGCACGUGUCCCUGCUCUGGCGACGGUAUUCGAGUACCGACACGUUGAGCACAACCCCAAAUGGUCGAGAAAAUAAAUACCUGUCUGCCGGAUGUCUGCCGACAACGGAUGAUGAGGAGUGCAAGUGGAUGUUGCCGAUGAAUGAGCCAAGGCCGAAGUCUGCCGAAAUGUUCCGGUGAUGCAAGUAUGCCUGAUAACGAGCCUGGGGCUUCUACCCGCGUGAUUGAGAAGUUGAACCUGAGGAAAGGACGACUUCGAUGGACGAUGUUCGUGGCCAGUGAGAGAGAGAGAGAGAGAGAGAAAGAGUGUGUGAGAGAAUGAGAGAGUGAGAGAGAGAGAAAGAGAGAACGUGUAUGAUUGUGAAAGAACAAAAGAAGUGAGAAGAAGAACACGCAGGGAAACCAAACGAGAGAGAGAGAGAGACUGCAAAGCUGUGAAAGUAUGUAUUCUAAUAAUUGAACGUAAGAAUGAUUUAUUAAUUUGUAUGCGUGUUAGAUCGCAGAGAGUCUGUGUGUAAGUAUAAAAUAAAACUUCACUAUUGAAUGAGCGAUUAUACACACAUCGUCUCGUCGAGAAAGUUCAAUUAUGCGUAACUCGUUGUAAAGCUUCUAGCUUUUUUGUCCUCCUGUAGCUUUGUCAACGAAGCCCGCGAUCUGUUUCCGAUUCCUUGCUGAACGAUCACACCAUCACUCGUUUGAAGCAAUCGAAGCAUCAUCGAAUGACUGUUUUUUGGGGUAACUUGAAGUUAAUAAGCGAAAUAAAUGAUCGUCAGAGUGCUGGUUGCUACUGGUUGAUGGAGCGAAGUGAUGCAUGAGUGAUAGUAAAACUUAACAAGAAAGAGAGGGCGAGAGAAAGUAGUAUGAAAAAAAAGAAUGAAUGCGUAUGAAGACUGUCACGAAUGAUUCUCUGAAGAAAAAAAAAAAGAUUCGAAAGAUUCGAAAUACUAGUGAGACCUCUGGUCCGAUCGUGCUGCGCGAGAAUCUAUAUGAUUAGUUGUAGUAUGAUGAUGAUGAUGAUGUUGAUGAUGAUGAUGAUGAUGAUAAUGGUGAUGAUGAUGAUAAUGAUGAUGAUGAUGAAAUGAUGAUGAUGAUGAUGAUAAUAAUGAUGAUGAUGAUGAUGAUGAUGCGUAUGUUACUUUUUCCCCCGUAUGUGAAUGUCUGUUGCUGUUGAUUCAUUAAAAUUAAUAUUUUGCUGGCAUAAGUUAUUGAGUUGUACCGAAGUCCUCGUCCGGCCUGAACGUUCGAGUAAAAAGAAGUGAAAAGAAAAAGAAACUAUACACGAUCCAGUCCCAAAAUAUAUUAUACAUGUACAAUUAUUCGCAUACAAAUGUAAUCCUUUGCGUGAAAAUAAUUUUAUGCGAUCAUCGUUAAUUCGAAUCUUUCGCGGCUCUCCAACGGAAUAUCGGACGAGAGUCUUUUGCACUGCCAUUAAUAUUGAAACAAUGCUGCAUGCGUCUUGUUCAGGCGUUCAUGUAAUAAGAUCGUUCGUUUCUUCCUUGAUAUUUGAUGGGCUCGAUGAUAUCGAGAACUCGUUUCGCGUGGGUGUUUGUCGAACAGAUUCGUCUUCCUGGCCUCGCAUUAUUGAAGUCGAUGAAAAAGAAAAAAAAAUAUAUAUAUAUAUAUACAUAUAUAACGAUAGCGAUUGCUCAUUUCUAUUCGCACGUUAUUCCGUAGUAUUGGAAAAUGGAUACACGGUGAUCGCGUAAAUAUCACGAGUAAUUGAAUUUCGAAAGAAAAUGAUUGAUACGAACCCAAAUAUUAUCAGAGUUACUUUCGUAAGCUACUCCAAGAUGAUAAAAUCGAACGAGUUGUACACGAAUAGAUAGAUAAAUUUGUUCAAGAACUUUGGACAUUGGACUGGGAAUAUUUCAAAUGCCUGGUCGCGCAAGGAUUACACAGCUUGAAAUAUGUAUUUCUUUUCUUAUCUACAACAUUAUAUUUUUCCUCGUUACACGAACAUUUCGAAUCUUGAAAUGAACGAGACGUCACGUGAACAUAGGAAUGUCUCGGGAUCCUUUCACGGCACAGAUAUUUUUCUUAUUUUCUCGAACACUUCCUCGCGAAUUUCCACAGUAGUUUCGCCUCUGUUUGCGCACGAACGCGAUAUUUAGUAAGAUAUUACGCGAAGAAUUAAGCGGACGGUCGGGCGCUCUAAUAAUAUAAUACGAAGUUACGUCACGUGGUCGAAACGUGGCUGUCUAGUGCCAUGCAUUCCAAAUACUUUUGCCAGCGGAAGCACACUGUGACCGUUCUUUCGGAUAUAUUUUAUAGCGAUUUCAUUCUAUCUAACUAACACACAUUUUCCUUGAAUGCCUCGUUUACGCAAAGCUUUACGUACAGACACGAUAGCGAACAGAGAAAGAGAGAGAAAGAGAGAGAAAGAGAGAGAGAGAGAGUGUGUGAGAAUGGGGGAGUGAGAGAGGGAGAGAAAGAGAGAGAGAGAAAGAGGAUAUUAUUAAAACGAUGAUCGCAGCGAGAUUCGAAUUGAAAUCUAGGCUGGGGGAUGAUAUCUUCACCGAAGGAACCGCGUGGAACGGGGUAAACGUGUUUCGACGGAACAAACACAUAAACGAAACAAUACAAAAAACAUUCGAGUAAAAAUGAAAAAUAAAGAAAGAGAAGAAAGAAGAGGGGAAAAAAAAAAAAAAAAAAAAGGGAAACAAGAUUGGCGUGAGAAGAAGAAACGCGCGAAAGGACAAAUAGGGAAUUGACGAGAAACGAUUGUAAUCUAAGAGACUUUUUAUUAAAUUGAUUAUCUUUUUUACGAUUUUACAUAUCGAAGGAAACCAAUGUGUCUGCUCCACGUCUGGAUAUAAAAAUAAAUAUAUAUACGUAUAUAAUUUUUUUACUGUUGCGAACGAUAUUGCCAAACUUAGCGUAUAAGGAAGAGAAACGUUUAUCUAGCUUUAAAAAAAAAAAAAAAUAAUAAUAAUAAAAAAGAAAGGGAUGAAAAAAGUAACGAAAGAGAAGAGAGAGAAAAGAAAUGGGGGUAGGGAUAAAAAUCGUUUCGGCGAGCCGCUCGUUACGUAGACUGGAGCCUAAACCUUGAUCUCUUUGCGAUACACAGCCGUACACACACAAUACAAACACAGACAAAUAUAUACUAAUGCAAAUUCUUCUCCCGUACAUUGUUUUAUCUCGCGUUGGAUCCUUUCGAUUUCGAAGCAGAACGAAAUUCUCGCAAACGAAACACGGUGUCUUCCAAUCGCGACAAUUUCUCCUCCUACGAAAAAAAUUAAAAAAAAAAAAAAAAAAAAAAAAAAUACAGCUUUGCCUUACAGUUUUCGUGAUGACGGGAAUGUCUGUCAUCGAUCUACCAAAGCCGAUAUCUCGAUGAGUCCAAAAAAAAAAAAGGAAAAAAAAAAAAAGAAAAAAAAAAUAAGAAACGAAAGUUUUCAGAAAAAAAUGAAAAAAAAAAAGGAAAAAACGAAACAAUGAAAACGGUUUAUUCCGAGUGUCCAAAGAAGAAACAUGUAAAAUGCCGAGGCGCAAAGUGUAUCCUGUUUUUCUUUUACAUUCCACGUAGCAGAGAGAGUAGAGAGAAAGAGAGGACGUAAGAAAAAAGAGCGAGAGAAGAGUGGAAGAACGAGAGAGAGAGAAAGGAUGUGGAUAUGAAAGGGGGAAUGCGAGGAAGAGAGAAAGAGAGAGGAACCACGACGGAGAGGACGGCGGUGCGCGCGACUUUCCGCACGUCUCGAUAAAGAACUCGAUCGCUCGCCUGUUAUUCUGAUUCGCAAACAAUGAUGCGUUUGAUCGCGUUCACCGUUCCUUACAGGCUAUCUCCGAAAUGGGUGGUCAAAUUUUCAGAAACCUUCUACCGGUCGUUCAGGAUGAGAAAGCGUGUCUCCUUUUCAAUACGUCCCUUUUUGUCCUUACGACGAGUAAAACGUGUACAAAAAAGAAAAAUUUAGCUACCUAUUUUAGAAGCAGACUGUACGUUAAUUAAAUCAACAUGCGAUUAUUCUUUUCACGUAUAAUAAAAAACGUCUAUUCAAUGCGCUAUCAAAAAAAAAAACGAGGUAUUCGUAUAACGAGUAUUUCGUUCAUUUUCGGUUAUCCUCUAGGUGGUCGUUGCGAAUCACAUUAUCAGGUCCGCCAAGAGGGGCAAAAAAAAAAAAAAAGAUUUAAAAGGAAUUAUAAGGAAAGGGAAAAAGAGAGAGAGAGAGGGAGAGAGGGAGAGAGAGAGAGAGGGAUUGCGAAACAUGCGAAGAUAGGGAAUAGGGAAUCGGUGGAUUGGCCCAUGAAAAAAAAAGGGCAAAAGGUAGGAAACUAGGAAACGAAACGCCGGCCGUGCCGUGAUGGAAGUAACGAGUUGUGAAAAUGAGGAAUACGAAGAAAGCAAAUUAUAUUAUAAUACGCGACUGUGAUUUUUUGGAGAGACUCUCGUGUGCGAGGGGUCGAUGUUCUACCCGAAAGGGAGGGUGGCUCUGGGUGAUCCAUGUCCUAUCCUAUCGAUCGAUCACCGAUCUCGACCGUAGCGGAUAUCGCUCUCCAUUGUUCAGCAUAAUUAUCUUUUUAGUCCUAUUAUCUCUUAUUAAUGGAAGAAUGUUUCGCUGCUCUACGUUUCGAGCUAGCCUAAUGCGCACACGUAUACUAUAUUGUAUUUAAUAAAUAAAGAAGAAGAAGAAGAAGAAGAAGAAGAAAAAAAAAAGGUAACGAAGGGAUAUACGACGUUACACGAGAUCGUUUCGAAAGAGAGGGGUUUUCCUUUAUAUAUCCUUGACGCGAUCGAGGGAACGAGACACGAUUAGAGCCACGCUCCUGGUAAGAAACUCAUACACGAUAAUAUCUUAUCGAACUAUUAGUUGUUAGCCUUUUCAUCGUCGAGACUCCUAGAGUGCGUGCGAUGCUUCACUAGGGAACGUACGUGAGAGCGUAUUUAAUUAUAAGAAUUAUUCAAAAAGAGGAAAAAAAGAAAAAAAAAAAAAAGAUGAAAACCGUGUGCAUUACGCUGUAUCAGUGAUGAUGUGCGCUGUGAGGUAAAUCGCAUAUUUACCGAUGAAGUGUGCCCUGUUAGAGUGUUAUCUGCGUAUGGAGAAAAAACGGCGAGAAGAACGAAUGAAUCCGAGAGUACGAGUAAAAAUGAUCAAGUGAGAAAGAGAGAGAGAGAGAGAGAGAAAGUGCGAGUGAGCGAGCGAGAGAAAAAAUACAAGAGAGAGAGAGAGAAAAUAUUUAUGAUAUUGAUGAGGUUUGAGGGAUGAUGAGAAGAGUUGGCUCGUGAUUCGACGUGAAUCGCGGCGUCACGUUCGGGAAGGGACGAAUCGUCGAUUUGUAAAAAAAAAAAAAAAAGAAAUAAAGAAAAAAAAUAAAAGAAGAAACAAAGGAUGGAAAUAAGAAAGAGAAAAGAAAAAAAAAAUAUAAAUUUUGUAUCGUGACGCGGUUGUGAAGAUCGGAGAACCUGUCACUGAAUCCGUUGCCCCUUGCGUUUCGCUGAGAUUUUAGCGCAACUUAAGAGAACGAGAUCACAGGCGGACAAAAAAAAAAUAAAAAAUA